AUGGGUCUCAACUUCGAAGUGUUCUACAGCAAACGCCCAAGCGUCACCCGAUCUGGGCCGCCGGGGCACGAUGAGCUUAAGUGGGUGCCUACCACGUCGACAAUGAUUUUUGGCGCUCAAGAUGCAGUUCUCGUCGACACGCAGUUGACGGAAGACGCGGGUAAAGAGCUCCUGGAUUGGGCGGUGGCAAUGGGCAAAAACGUUACACAUAUUUACAUCACUCACGCUCACGGCGACCACUUUUUUGGCAGCGGACUGCUCCAACAGGCGUUCCCACAGGCAAAGGUAGUUGCCACCCCAGAGGUUGUGGCUCGCAUGAAGGGCGAGAUAUCUCCGCAGAGGCUCGAAAGUCUUUGGAACAAGCUCUUCCCUGGCCAGAUUCCCACCGAUCUCAGAGUCGCCGAGCCAUUGACUGAGCCCGAGCUAGAAAUCGAGGGGGAGAAGCUCCUGGUAGUAAAGACUGGUCACACCGACACCAAUGACAGCACGACGCUCUGGGUUCCUUCUAUCGGUCUCGCUGUGACCGGCGAUGCGGUGUAUGCCAAUACCCACCCUUAUCUAGGAGAGUCUGGAAGCAAAGAAUCACGACUUGAGUGGAUCGCUGCGCUGGACAAGAUUGCUGCCCUCCACCCUCGCAGCGUUGUUGGGGGCCACAGCGACCCCAGCAGAGGGUUUGAUCCAAGUGCAAUUGCAGAGACAAAGGCCUAUCUUGAAGCCUUUGACCGACUGAGCGAGGAGACGAGUACAGCGGAAGAGUUAUACAACCGCAUCCUUCAAUUGUAUCCGGGGCGGCUCAAUCCCGGAUCAGCGUGGGCCGGAGCCAUACUUGUGAAGAAGUAA